UAGAAUUAUGUGGCCCUCUUUUGUUCCUGCUCUGCUGAUUGUCUACGCUGUCACAAUGUCCACUGUAAGAGCAGCAUCUCCAGCUGAAUUCAUGGGAGACAUGAAUGGUUACAGAAGUGCUUGUAAGAAACUUGGCUGGGAGCCAAAGCAAGAUUGCACCGCUAACCAUGUCAUUGCGUUUCAUGCUAAUAUAAAGUCUCACCUGACUGAUGUCCCUGUGAACACUACUAUUAAAUUCAACAAUGUCCAGUUAAGCAAAGGUGGAGGUUACGAUCCUGAAACGGGUAUCUUUACAGCACCGGAAGAUGGUGUCUACUCUUUUGCGUGGUCAUAUCUGUCCCGACAGGGAGGGACCGUGUACACAGCCCUAUCUGUAGAUAAUGAGGAUCAUGCCCUAUCGUGCAUAGAAAACCAGCAAACCAGAUUUAUCAACUCUGCGGGCCACUUGGUUUAUGAACUCGUUAAGGGAAAUAAAGUAUGGAUCAGAGUUUGGCACCUUCCUGCCACAUUCAUACAUGGUGGAUACUAUACUUACUUUUCCGGAAGUAAAAUAAAUUCUUUUUAAAAAGAAAAAAAAAAAAACAUGUAGUAAUCUUUUGCAUGUUUAGCAAUGUACGUGUAAAUAACGUAUUCUCACUUUGUAAAUUAUUAAAGAGAUUGCAAAUG